AAGAAAGAUAGAGACGACAAAGAAAUUAAUUCAAAAAGGGCAGCAACACGAACAGGCCUAAUGUUAUAUUAAAUAGUUAAUUAGGGGCUUAAUUCUUAAAAAUAUGCGAAUAACUUUCAUAUAGAGUUUCUCAAGGGACAAGUUUAAAAAUUCUACUCAUUGGGUAAAGUAAUUUUGAAUGAUCAGGAUAAAGAAAUUUUGAAAUUUCUAUCAAAAAAGUGGCAGAAUAAUCACAGUAAAUUCCUGCAUCAUCGAAGUACUCUUUCGAAACGGGUUCUCGAGGACUGUGUUUUAAAGGUGAAAGUUAGGUUAGGUUAGAUGUUUCGCAAUGUGCGCCCGGCUGUUUUAGGACGCGCAGACCGAAUUAUGAAUUCGUCUACCUUGUCGACGAGCACUCUAGGACACUCGACAGGGCAGAGAACGCCGGAAUCCCAGGAUUCGGAGCUAACCUCUAGCGCGACCCAAACAUCCAAGAUCCUGAAUCAGAUGAAAUCGGAGCUACAGGAGCAGAAGCAACGCAAACGAUUUCUGAAGGAGCUACAUGCGAAACGUGUACAAUCCUUGCGGAAGGAACUAGACUAUCUCAAAGCAACGGAGUGGCGUUAUCAGCCGAUAGAUCGGUAUUUAGAUAGGAGCCAGAGAAAUUAAAGAUGCUGUCGUUACUCUAUAAAGGGGUUCAGUAUGCUCUAAACUAUAUGUCACCAGAUGAAACCGCAGAGGAAGAUAUAGAUCAAAUCAUAGCUCGUCUAGAGAGCACAGAGGAGACUGACAGAGAUGCAACUGUAAAGGAAAAGAAAACACAGAACGAGGAAGGAUGUUACUACAAAAUGGGAACUAUCACUCGCGUCAGUGCAGAUUACGUCAUCAUAGAUGAUUGCCAUAUGUAUGAAAAGGUUGACGACUUAACUAACAAUUUGAACAUAGGUGACAAGAUUCAUUACUUGCUGUAUAUACGGAACCCGAAUACCGAGCCAAAAGUACGGAAAAUUAUCGGUGUAAUAGAUGAGUGGAUUGAUUCAAAUACCAAAUUAGAGGAUGUCCACAAUCAUGUGACAUUGAGAAAUAAAAUUGUCAAAGUAACAAAACGCGAAGGCAGAAUUGCCAUUGUUGAGCCAGAUAAUAUUCGCAUUGAUCUGUCCAAAGUGCAAUCCGACUUUGUUCCCCUGAUUGGCGAUUGGUUAAAGUUAGAAUCCCUAGUUGAAUUAGACGAAAAUUCUAAAGAUUUAAGUGGCCAAAUUUUGGAGGUCGAUAGGAUUACAUCGGUACGAUCUAUGGUACACGUCGGUGUAAUAUCAAAGUAUAAUCCAGAAAUUGGAGUGGGAGUAAUUGAUAAGAAAGUAGUUUUUCAUAAACGUGCGUGUGGCAUGGGUUACAUUCCCUGCGUCGGUGACAAAGUGGCAAGCGAGAGCAUAGAAAGUGAUCAAGGGCUAUACACCUGGAGAUCGUUGACCGUAGUUCCAUUAUUUGAGACUCCAAAUGACUGUAAAUCUAUUCAAUUACCAGCUGUAAACAAUGCUCCUUCCAUAGGUAUGAGCGACUUACUAAAAAACAAAUAUGGUAUUAUCAUAGAUGAUGAACUGAACUUUAAUUUGGAUAUAGGAGAGGAAAGUACCUUAAUAGUUUCGAUACGAAAUAACGGCAGCUAUAUUCAUUUGUUGCAAGGUUGUUCUUUCAUGUCACAGAAGACUCCGUCUCAGUUAUCACUGGUGUCACCGACAAAUACAGACAUUAGCACAGUGAUAAAGCCUUCCGAGAAUGUUACUUAUACAUUCAAAUGCAAAGCGAAAUUUGUUGGCACAUCUGAAGAGAUGUUUAUUUUUAAUUUCAAAGAUUUUAAGAUAGCUAGAGUGUUUCGCAUAACUGUCAAUGCAAAGAACAUUUCACAAAAGACUGAUUCCACUACACAAAAACAUGAGAAAAUGAAUCUACCUGAUUUGAAUGAGUUACUUGAAAGUACGUGCAUCCCUGGAAUAAAACCAGUUAAAUCACCUGCGUUUAUUAAAGUACGCAAUGGAGUGUUCAAAAUACCACGAUAUAUGUGGAGCGCAGUCUUGGAUACUAUACAAAAUAAAAAAUCUCAGAAGGAGUGUGAGAUCGCUCUCGAAGAACAGAUACCUUCUCUUCAAAAAUCGCUUUCCUUUAGGACAUAUAAAGAUCGUUUCCACGCCUUACUGUAUCUAGAGGAGAUAGCGCUAACGCUCUUUUUGCAAAAAUUCGACAUGAAAAGCGCAGUCAUGCGACGAUGUGGUGAUUACCUUGUGCUAGAGGUGCCAGGAUUAUCAGAAAAACGGCCUUCCCUUCUUAUCGGCGAUAAAGCUAUAGUAUCUUUUCCGUGGGAUACUUCUAAAGGAAAUCUACAAUAUGAGGGUUUUAUUCACAAAAUCAAAAGCACGGAAAUCUUUUUAAAAUUUCACGAAACAUUUCAUCAUGAAUAUUAUGGCGAGGAUUGUCAGGUGACAUUUAAAAGCUCAUAUUCUACUAUUACACGUAGUCACAAUGCUAUUAAUUUAGCUGUUAAUCGUCUUGGACCUGAUUUUCUAUUUCCUACCAAAGUAGUGCAAAAAGAUCCGCAAUUUUAUUUGGAAGAGUACGAGGAAGAAAACCCCACUUAUAAGCGAGUUUGUGACGAGCACAAUAAAUCUAUAUCUUCCGAUUGUUCUAAUUCCUCUAUCACUUCUAUCAAUGAUACAGCCUCUAACAAUACUGUCAAAAUGUCCUCAAGAAUCUCGGUAGCGGAAAAACUAAGAAAUAUGAAAUCUAGGGAAUCGUCGUUUGAAGAAACAAUGACGUCAACUGCACAAACAAGAAUAAAUCAAAAUUUUAAAACAAAUUUGACAAGAAAUACCAGCAGUAGUACAAGCAACGUUGUUACUAACACAGUAACAAAUGAAACUCAGACUAAUAAUGAAUUAAAACCGUAUAUUAAUCAAAUAAAAAAACGAAAAUUAAAAUGGUUUAACAAACAAUUAAAUUAUUAUCAAAAAGAAGCUGUGAAGAAUAUAAUAUUGGGCUUGGCGCGUCCGCUACCCUAUGUUAUAUUUGGCCCGCCUGGAACAGGGAAGACAGUGACUAUAUGUGAGACAAUUUUACAACUUUUAACUACAAUCCCCGAAAGCAGACUUCUCGUCGCAACGCCGUCGAACAGCUCAGCAAAUUUAAUAGCGGAACGCUUGUUGGACAGUAACAUACUUAAGCCAGGUGAUAUGGUUCGACUGAUAGCUCAUCAUUGCUUGGACAGUGAUUAUAUACCGGAGAGGCUAUUACCUUACUGUGCUACGGCAGAAUUAGCAGCGGAAGGAACAGUCGAUCGCUUCCAACAUCACGAGAACGGCGUGAGAUUGAACUGCACCAUGUCCGUACUGGGUCGCCAUAGAAUUACUAUUGGCACCUGCAGCGCGUUGGGAAUAUUGUACAACAUGGGCUUUCCCCGUGGUCAUUUCUCGCACAUUCUAGUUGACGAAGCGGGUCAAGCGACCGAACCGGAGAUCAUGAUUCCCCUGAAUUUCAUUCAUUCUGAUAACGGUCAAGUGAUUCUCGCGGGCGAUCCAAUGCAACUUGGGCCUGUCGUAAUGAGCAAACUGGCGUUGUUUUUCGGAUUCGGCGAAUCGUUCCUAUCAAGACUUUUACAGCAGUUUCCUUACCAAAGAGACCCUGAGGGGUUCGAGACCUGCUAUGAUCCCAGGCUUGUUACCAAGCUCGUAAUGAACUAUCGGAGCUUACCAGAUAUACUGGAUCUACCGAACUCUCUGUUUUAUGAGUCGGAAUUACAGCCGCAAAUAUCGUCUAAGAAUAGUAAGGAAGCUGAGCUAUUGGAAAUGCUGCGAACAGAACUGCCCGAGAGAGAUGGAUCGCCAUCUGCCAUAAUCUUUCAUGGGAUCAAUGGUGAGAACUACCAAGAUACCGACAGUCCAAGCUGGUAUAAUCCUGAAGAAGCGACCCAAGUGUAUCUUUAUUUGCUAAUGUUGUACAAAUAUGGGCUCGAACCAGACGAUAUAGGAAUUGUAACACCUUAUCUGAAACAGGUGCAAAAAAUCCGAGAGCUGCUGUUGGAGUUAGAUCUUAAAUUACCAAAAAUCAGUAGUGUGGAAGGAUUUCAAGGCCAAGAAAGAAAAGUAAUCAUUAUUUCAACUGUAAGAUCAUGCAAUAAUCUAAUUGACGAAGACGUCAAGCACGCUCUAGGCUUCGUCGCUUCGCCCAGAAGACUCAACGUUGCGAUUACUCGCGCUCGUGCUCUACUUAUCAUCUUGGGAAAUCCGAAAUUACUCAUUUUAGAUCCAUAUUGGAGGAGCAUUCUGACACAUUGCAUUGAUCAUGGCGUAUAUACAGGGUGUAAUUUUUUAUCUUCUAGUAUAAGAAAUUAUUAAAAUGUAAAUAUCUUUAAUAGUGAUGUAACUGAAUAAGAAAAUACUUAACAUAUUAAGACAUAUAACUAUAGUUAUAUUUAUAAUAUAACUAUACUUGUAAUUCUAUGUUAAAGUUAGUGUGACAGUAAACAAGUGUAACUCUUUUACAUGCUUAUUACAACAAAAUUAACAAUUUACGAAUUAAAGCUAUGAAUUUUUUUUU